CUAAGAUGGCUGACACAUGGGGCUUAGUUUUACUUGGUCUCGUUUUAUUAUUAUUUGAUGGAGGUUACUCGACUUUAACCAGUGAUCGGCAAAAGAGACAUGUGACGUUAUGUGGAGAGAUAAUGACCAAGUCCCAGGGUACUAUAAGCCCUCCCGUGGCCGAUGAGUACUAUCUACCGAACCUAUUCUGUCGGUGGGAGAUCAGAGCCGAGGAAGGACAAAGACUACUUCUGUCUGCUCCAAGUUUCGCUUUGGAAUAUUCUUCAGAAUGCACCUGGGAUUAUCUGGAGGUGAGAGACGGCGGCGACGACCACGCCCAUAGGGUGGGUAAAUACUGUGGCUACGCUCCCCUGACUCUCCUCUCCUCCGACGACACUGUGUUUCUCUACUUCUCGUCAGACGGCUCGUCCCAGGACCGAGGCUUCCAGCUCGAUUUCAGAUCAGUCCCUGCAGAAACGUCAGAUCCAUCAUUCUGUAACCAACUGAUAGAGACUGAAGGUCUCAUCUCGAGUCCGAACUACCCUGGAGAGUACGGGGCUUACUCAUCAUGUGUGUACUGGAUCAAGGCUCCUAGCGAGCAAACGCUCGUUCAGCUGGAGAUCCGUGACGUCAGUUUAGAAGAUUCCGGUUGUCUGUUUGAUUACGUCAAAAUCUAUGACGGCAGAGAUUCCCAUUCACCGUUGUUACUGGAUCUCUGUGGAGACUCGGCGCCCUCCCCGUCUGUGACUUCCAGUGGCAAUCAGGCCUUUAUCACGUUUUUGUCGGAUGGGUAUCUAGAGGACAGAGGAUUUCAAAUAAAUAUCAACUUCAUCGAGAAUGACAGCGAAACAGAAACUGAAGACCAAGAAGCGUGCCGCCAGGUAUUUGCCGAGGCUAUGGAGGGUGUGGUAACAAGCCCAGGUUUCCCUGGUGUAUACCCUGAUCAGGCCCGAUGUGAAGCGAUCGUCAGGUCACCCCAGCCUGACCACCAUAUACGGCUUACCCUGGUUUAUUUGGACAUGGAGGGCUCCACUAACUGUACAUUCGACUCUCUGGAAUUCUUCGACGGGACGACUGAAGAAGCCAACUCUCUUGGAAAGAUUUGCGGACAGACAACACAGAAUCUUGUAUACGUUACUACAUCGGACACACUAAAAAUAGUUCUGACGUCAGACUACCUCGUAACCGGAAGGGGUUUCCUUGGUGAUUACACUGCGCUACCAAAUGAAGUUCCCAACUGUGUACCAGGUUGCAGCGACAACUCCGUUUGUGUGGAAGAAAGGGAAACGUUUAGGUGUAUUGCUGGUAAGCUAUGCGAGUACAAUAUAUGUGACAACGGUGAGUGUGUACAAAGGGACGGGAACCUCACGUGUUACUGCACGUCCAACUACACAGGCAUGCUGUGUGACGUCAACAUUCAGCCGGAGAAUAGCGUGGAUACACAGCCAGGAGUACGGGAUACCCACACAGAUAUAUCAGCUGAUCGUGGAGAGCGUCUCAUCCUCGACUGUACAACAAACGUCUCCGAUACCUUCUUUACAUGGGCGCUAAACGAUCGUCUCAUCAUGGGAGAUAUAGGUGUUAUCGAGCAUGUAAACGGAAGUCUGGAGAUCCUCGCCUUCGACGACACAUAUGUUGGCAUGUACAAGUGCCUAACAGACUCUUACGACACAUUCUCACAAACAACGUUCAACUUGACUUUGACGGAAGGCUGCAAUUUCGAAAUAGAACUCUCACCACCAGAGGUGUCAGCUAUUAGUGGUGAUAGCGCCACGUUGCGAUGUACCGUGACAUCCGGACAACACAAUAUGACAUGGCUGAAGGAUGAUGAGAAGCUCUCGGAAGGCGAAGAAUACGAGGUCUCGGAGAACGGUACACUGCUGACGAUACUAGCUGUGACUGAGACAACAACAGGGGAGUACACCUGCGCGCUUAACAAGGGAGAUAACUGUGAGGUUUCCAGGACUGCCCUUGUGUCCAACCUACCGCCAAGGCUAGAUAACGGAUAUUGCGGACGACCAUCUAUACCAGACAUGAUGCCACGUAUACUCGGAAGAAUAAGUAGGGGUCAAUCAGUACAGCAAGGCUCAUCGCCAUGGCACGUGAUCUUACGGGAUCGAAGGGAGUUGACAACAUUUUGUGGAGGCACAUUGAUAUCGAAGUCUUGGAUUCUGACAGCUGCUCAUUGUACCAGUAACGACCACUUCUCCAGAGAGUUCAACAAAUCAUUUGAUGCGAGUUACGUUGAUCUCAUCAUGGGCACUGACCUAUGUAACGGAACAGGAGGAGAAAGAAGAGGAAUCCGAAGGUAUAUUCCGUAUCCAAGAUUCGGCAAACGCGCUCCGUAUGACAACGACAUAGCGUUGAUUGAACUCGACGCCCCUGUUGAAUAUAAUCGUCGGAUCAGACCGAUUUGCCUACAAUCCCUUGAGACAAUUGAAAGCGUUUUCAUGAACAGGCGGCUUGGUCGGACCGUGGGUAGAGUAGUAGGAUGCGGCAGGGUUCACGAACGGGUAACGGAAACGCCACCCUACCUUCGGGAUGUUUUUGUGCCGUACGUGGACAGAAGGUUCUGCUCCCAUGCCCGAAUAGGAGAUGGAAACUUCACCGAUUCCAUGAUCUGCGCCGGAUACAACCGCGCCUAUUUUGGUGAUGCUUGCUCUGGUGACAGUGGGGGAUCCUUGUCAAUGCAGAAGACCACGGAAGACCCUUGGUAUUUGGUGGGAAUCGUAUCUUGGGGUGUCGGUUGUGAUAGGCCUGGCCACUACGGUUACUACACUCAUGUCGCCAAGUUCUUGGAUUGGGUUAGUAGAAUAACAAAUUCUGAAUUUUUAGAAACGUUUUAAUUUUUCAAAACUUAAAGUGUCAGAGAAUACAAUGACCAGCUGUAUAUUAUGCUAAAAGUGUUAAUGAUGCUGAUAUUGAUGUUUUCGUUUACUUAAAAUGUGUUUCUGUUCACAAGCUGUUUGCAAAUAAUUCUUUUUGCGAUUAUUUUUUCUCACGACACAUUCGCUAGAAUUUUAAUUGAAAACGGUUUCACAACGUUGAAUUACGUCUGGAAAAAUAUUUUGUUUUAUUUGUUUGAUUCGCAAUCCUCUAACUUUGCGAAUUAACAUUUGCACUUUCGAAUUCAUUAUAACAAACUUUGAAAUAUCAAUAUAACAUAUUCCCGUUAUGAGAUAUAAUAGCUGAUAUCAUGAGGUUGAAAAUGUUGUGGUUGGACCGCUGAUGUGAAAAUUUCAGAAGAAUUUUACCGCUACAUAUGUUAAUUUACAAAAUGUUUUUAUCUCGCUCAUAUUCCUUUCAAAUGCUGCACUGUAAAUCUGUCAAAAAGGUGGGUGUUGUUCUGAUCUUUGACAACGUCGUCUUAAGAAAGAACUUGAUUGUGUCAAAUUAUGCUGUUGACGUGGCAUCAUCAACAUUGUUGCUUUGAUGUCAUGCUACUUGUUGUAAACCGUUUGUCAGCAUUCAGGCAUCUUAGAUCUCGAUAUAUUGUUAAAGCGCCUUAGAAAACCUAAAUUCCUUGGUUCAGUAGGUAAAAACAUUAACAAAAUCCUGGUAAAAUUGAUUUCAAAAUAGAUUAAUGGAUAAUUUGUCAUUAAAACAU